UGCCGAUGUAGCUCGCGCCUCCGCCUUCCGCCGUCUCCGCAGCAAGCAAGCCAUGCUCGCCCUUCCUCCGGAUGCGCCACUCCGGCGAGGAGUCUCAGCUCGCCACCCACAGCCGCACCUGCUGUUGGAGAGUCCUAUUCCGGCUGCUCUUGUCCGGCGGUGGCGCCGGCGACGGCAGUUGCCGGAAGCAGGCCGCCGGAAUCAGGUGGGAUGUGAUGCCGCGCGUGGUAACUCGCGGUGAUACUCGGGUUCAUAUUCUAAAGAACUGGUGUUUCUACCGAAAAUUGGUAAAUUUUCUGGCUGUCAAUCUUGCAGUUGGUUGUUAGUUAGGACUCAUGAUGCAGUAGAUUCAGAGUGCUCAGUUGUGGAGCGAUGGGGCUUCUUCCAUUUCAGAUAAUUUCAGAGUGAUGAUGCGACGGGGUGACAGCCGAAUCGAAUUAGGAUGAUUUUGUUACCUGAGAUCUGUUAGUUUGUGACGACCUUCUCUGCAUCACAGUUUAGUGCAAGGUCGCACAUCAGCUCAAAAGUUUCAGAUUCUUUUUUGUUCAAUGUGGGGUCCGGUCCCACAUGUCAGUGACACAAAGGGGGGCUUAUGAUCGAAGGCGCACGAACCGGGGGGGAGUUAUCAUCAAUUCUACCCUAUUUCCUGUGGUGUGAUUUCUUUUUCUUCUGUUCGUGGUGAUACUCGGGUUCAGAUUCCGAAGAACUGGCGUGUGUUUGUGUGAGCUAUUGACACAGCCAAAUCGAAUUAGGAUGCUACUGCUGCUGUGUGUUGCCAUGUUUGACCCUCUUGAUUGGGACCUGUUAGCUAGAGACAACCCUUUUCAGGGAACUUAGAGGCAACCCAGGACUUUGGUUGAAAAUUCUGAAUUACUGGAAUAUUACGCUUUUUUUGUGUGGUUCUUUCUCUCUUGCGCGUAACAUAAUUUUUUCUGUGGAUUCCUCGUCAGAUGGCUCACUAAAAAGUAGUGAACUCACUGUCUGGAAAUUACUCCAUUCCUGGUCUCAGGAACACAAAAGGAAACAAUUAAUGGAGGCUCAAGUCUGAUCUGUCCAUUGUGUUAGCCUUUGAUAUAAAAUGGUGAUGCCCUGGUCCCAUGUUAAUCAUUGGUUGGUGCCUCACUUUUGAGCUAAUAGCAAGAAACUCCACCAGCCACUGCUUCUGAAUAACAAAAGUCAAACUGUGCAUGCCAAGACCAAGACUUGGGAAUAGCAUAUCAUGGACCAUAUAUUGUGCCUGUCUCUGGUCAUUCCAUUGUCGUUCCCUUACAGUAGCUGUUCUCCCUCUUCCAACCAAUAUGGCUGCUAAGCUUGGGCAUCUAGCCCAAGGAGCUGCAUCGGUACUUUGCCUGUUGAUUUUCUUUGUAGAGCCGUCUGAUUCCCGUGCUCAGGCGAGGAUAUCAGGUGGGAAUGGAACCUGCAUCAGCAGGGAGCGGGAUGCGCUUCUGUCCUUCAAGGCGGGCCUUCUGGACCCUGCUGGCCGUCUCUCCUCAUGGCAUGGUGAAGAUUGCUGUCAGUGGGCGGGAGUCCGGUGCAGCAGCAGAACAGGCCAUGUCGUAAAGCUCGACCUCCGCAAUAACUACGUAGUAAGUGCCUUCCAAGGUUUGUACACCAUGCACUACUACAAGUCCAACAGCCUGAGCUUGUCGAGAAAUGAGAUGAGCUCUUCUUUGGUUGCUUUGCAACAGUUGAGGUAUCUUGACAUGAGCUACAAUGACUUCAACCACAUAAGCAUUCCUGCGUUCAUGGGCUCCCUACAGAAGCUAAGGUAUCUCAACCUCUCGUUGUCAGGUUUCGGUGGGAGAAUACCUUCCCAACUCGGUAAUCUCUCAAAUCUGCAAUAUCUUGAUAUUAGUGGGGAUUAUUACAAUGUUCUGUACACGUUGGACCUCUCAUGGUUGUCACAUCUAUCACUGUUGAGCUAUCUUGACUUGACCGAAGUGGACCUCCGUGCUGUGCGGGGUUGGGUUCACAUGGUUAACGGGCUUUCUUCUCUAAAAGUGCUUCGCUUAGUAGAUUGUGGCCUUACCAGCAUAGUGUCUGCUACUUCAAAAUCAAAUCUCACACAUCUCCAAGUCCUUGAUCUAUCAUCCAACUCAUUUGACGCAACACUAGAGCAUAACUGGUUCUUCUGGGAUCUCACAAGCCUGAAGGAGCUUCACCUCUCCCGUUGUGAGUGGCAUGGACCUAUUCCUGAACAAUUGGCAAACAUGACAUCCCUUGAAGUAAUAGAUUUUAGUGCAAAUGAUCUUGUGGGUUUGAUACCGAACAACUUAGAAAAUUUGUGCAGUUUGAAAGUGCUGAAUUUUGAUGAUAACAACAUUGAUGCGAGUAUUGGGGAGUUCAUGGAUCGGUUGCCAUGGUGCUCAUGGAGUACAUUACAGAAGUUGUCAAUGAGGAAUACGACUAUGACCGGAAACCUACCGCUAGAAGUUGGAGCACUUGGUAACUUGACAUUGUUGAGUCUAGGCAAUAAUAAACUCGAUGGUGUGCUCGUGAAGGAACAUUUUUCAGGCUUAUUGAAUUUAGAGUAUCUGGACUUGUCGGACAACUCCUUGAAAAUGGAUAUUGAACCAAAUUGGAUUCCUCCGUUUAGACUAAAGCACAUAAAUUUAGAGUCAUGCACAGUAGGCCCCCGUUUUCCAGAGUGGCUUAGAUGGCAAACUCGCAUUGAUUAUCUUCUUCUUGGAAAUACAAGUUUGGAUGAUGUUAUUCCUGAUUGGUUUUGGGUGACAUUUUCCCAAGCUUCAGCUUUGGAUGCAUCAGAAAACAUGUUGCGUGGUUCAUUACCGUCAAAUCUACAGCACAUGUCAGCCAUCAGUAUUGGUCUGGAGAGAAAUAAUCUUACAGGUCUAGUUCCACGGCUAUUCCCUAUAAAUAUAACAAGCUUAGAUCUCUCUUCAAACUCUUUCUCAGGGUCAUUGCCAGCAGAGCUAAAAGCACCACAAAUUUUUAUGUUGUCAUUGGCAGAUAAUAAAAUUACAGGCACCAUUCCAUCAUCUAUGUGCCAAUUGACUAGUCUAGCACGGUUGGACUUGUCAAGAAACAAAUUAACAGGAGAUGUUGUGCAGUGCUGGAAGGAGUCACAUAACAAUUCUUCAGUGUCCAGAGCAAACUCUGCAGAUCAAUUCGGUUCUCGGAUGUAUAGUCUAGACUUGAGCAACAAUGGUCUCUCAGGUGAAUUCCCUAAAUUUCUUCAGAGUGCCUCACAAUUGAUGUUCCUUGAUCUUUCAUAUAAUAGGUUCUUUGGAAUAUUGCCAAAGUGGUUACCAGAAAAAAUGCCACGAUUGGAAAUUUUGACGGUGAGAUCAAACAUGUUCAGUGGUCGUAUUCCCAAGAACCUUACUUGCCUUGAAAAUCUUUAUUAUUUGGACAUGGCCCAUAACAAUAUAUCAGGAAGCAUACCAUGGUUGCUAUCAAACUUGAAAGCAAUGAGAGUCAUAUAUAAGGAUGCAAAUGACUAUGUUUAUGCGGAUAGCAUGCCAGUAAUCACAAAAGGCCAAACACGUGAUUAUACUGUGGGCGUCUUCAGCCAAGUUGUGAAUGUUGAUCUGUCAUGUAACAGUUUAACAGGACAUAUUCCAGAGCAGAUAAGUUUGCUCAUUGGGCUCACCAGUUUGGACUUAUCAAGUAAUCAGUUGACUAGCAAAAUCCCAAACAAGAUUGGUGAUCUGAAGCAGUUGCAGUCCCUCGACUUAUCCAACAACAAGUUUUCUGGUGAAAUCCCGUCAGGUUUGUCGGCUCUAACCUAUCUGAGCUACUUGAACUUGUCAUACAACAACUUAUCAGGCCCGAUACCAUCCGGGCCGCAGCUGCAAACUCUCGGCAACCAGAUUGAUAUCUACAUUGGCAACCCCGGUCUCUGCGGUCACCCUAUCUCCAAGAACUGCUCUACCAGUACUACUGACGCAGAGCAAAGUGUCGUCCAUGAAGAUGCAGAUCAUAUCGCGUAUCUCUACCUUGGGAUGAGCAUAGGGUUUGUGGUCGGCCUUUGGACGGUGUUUUGCACCAUGUUACUGAGGAGAACCUGGGCGAUUUCCUACUUCCAGUUUGUUGACAAGCUGUAUGACGAGGUUUAUGUAAGGGUGGCUAUAACUCGGGCUCGCCUGAUGAAGAAGACCCGCAAAGAUGCAGCGUGAGUGGCCUGCUUCAUGUGCAGUUGAACUGCCCAAGAGAUGUAUGUUUGGUGUGUACUACUAUAUGUACUAGUUUCUGGUGCAAUUAUUAGCUACCUGUAAAAGGUAUUUAAUGUAUUGCGACACAAUAUAUUGUAUGGUUGUAAACAGAUUUUUCUGGUCUGAUUGUAAACCACUCGAUCAUAUAACUACAGACAGAUGGAUGAUUUGAAUCCUGCUGAAUACUACGAUGGCUUUUUUGUAUCUUGGCAGCUAAUUAACUCACACAAUACAUGCUCGUUGUUAGUGCUCAGUUGUAUCCUCAUGUCCGUCUCAUGGACAUUAUUUGUUAGGAUAUGGCAGGAAUGAUCCAGCUUGCUAAGGUCCAGACAAUCUGACGGCGAAUUUCUGUGCUCUCUUUUCUUUUGAAAUUUGAUGUGCUCCUGGCUAGCUGAAAACAGAGGAUUCAAUGAUUUCAAGUUGAAGACUGAUUCUUAGGUUCAAUCCAAGAAUUCUUGGUGUUAACUCGGAAGUGUGCUCUUCAACCGUGGUUGCAGAUAUCCUUGGGGCAGUAGGACAAACCAUCUGAAAUAUUUACUCAAUAUUUGUCAAGAAACUGGAGAGUCGGUGCUUGCAACAGUAGUCCCAAGCAAAGUAAGUUGUGUGGCAUGGGGUUUAUUUCUUGUUUACGGAUGACGAGGACACUACUAGGUUAAAUUGUGCAACGCGAUUUUAAUUCUUAUGAUGGGAAGAGUGAAUUUUAUUGUAAUUUACUGUAUGAUAAGGUCGGACGUAAUCUGCUGUGUGAUAAUCUGUCUAAGUGAUUCUGAUUUCACUGCAAAAUGAGGCCAUUGACCUUGCUUCUGUUGGUUUGCUUUGUUUGAAGUUUGUUGUCAGGUUCAUGGAUAUCUAGUGCCUGUAUUUGAUCUUUGGCGCACCAACGGAAUCAUGAAUAAGAUAAUUCAAAUAUAGUAUUCAGCUCUUUUAUGUUGGUUUCUAGGCAUUCCUGUUUUGAAAUAUCUUUACUUUGGCCUUUUUUGAGCAGGAAGAAAAUUGAUGCCACGUUGAGAACAUCAGUUGCCUCAUGAAGAUGAUUUGAAACGGAAGACUGUUGGUUUGGUAACAGUUCUCUGGAGCGCUGUGGAUAGCUAUGCAUUCUGUCAGCUGCAACUCGUCUUUUUCUGUCUACUGUACCGAUGCGCCGAAUAGCAACUAUGUUCUGAUGCACCGGAGCAAUUUGUGACUAGUCUGGUGACUUGCUCCUUCUCCAUCUUCAGAGUCUGGUGGCUGCUAUACUUCAUGCCAGGUAGAGUAACAUAGAUUACUACUCCCUCCGUUCCAAAUUACUUGUCUUGGAUUUGUCUAGAUACAGAUGUAUCUAGAUUCAUUUUAGUGCUAGAUACAUCCGUAUCUAGAUAAAUCUAAGACAAGUAAUUCGGAACGGAGGGAGUAUCUGGCAUUUUCCUUCUCUUCCCCGGGUUGAAUAAUUUCGUAAUUAGAAGAAUGUUUCGGUGCUGUCUUUGAUGAUCAGAACUGUGAACGAUUGUUGUAAUGAUGCGUAGAGUGAUUUUUUUUUCUUGGCUAUGAAACCGUCCCCAAUAGUGUCAAUCUUAUUUAUCUUCACAUCUAGCCUCAUCGUUCUCUGAACUUUAUAUGCAGUGUUCAUCAGUAACAACUUGGUCGCAUUUCUACCGGUUACUGUCAGCCUGGAUUGGGCUCCUUUUAUCACAAGAGCAAAUCCAACUCUGAAUACCUCUGAUCUUAACUCUGUAUAUGUCACACAAAGGAGAUAUGCGUUGCAUAUGCCGGAGCAUUGGCCACUAAUUUCCUGUCGGCUUAAUUACACCUUCUCUCUGAGCUACUAACUGGCAUUGUUGGUGAUGUCAAAAAAAAAAAAACUGGCAUUGUUGGAUAUAAGAAG